AUGGAAUCUAACAUAACCGGAAAGCAAGGGUUCGACAUUUUGGGGACAGAGGAGGAGCUGGAAUGGGACCUCGGCGCAAACGUUUCUUUGAAGACACUGGUGAGCAGUUCGACUUUGGCCUCGUCGGUCAUUACUGCCACACCGUCAACACACAUGGUCACUAGACCUAAUAGGCGGCAUAGCCAUCACUUUGUUGACCAGAGAUUCAUCAUCACACAAAAUAAGGUCCAACGUAUGGUUACCGAGGGUAUGGACCUUGACUAA